UUCUGCAAGUCCUAUUAGGUAAAAACCAGGAGACUAGGGAGCCUUGUCUAAACCUUCAGUCGAGUGACGACGAUGGACUCCUCCGACGCCGGCGGUGCCUCUCUGGCUUCAGGUCCCGACGGAACUAAGCGGCGCGUGACAUAUUUCUACGAGCCGAACAUAGGCGACUACUACUAUGGACAAGGCCACCCCAUGAAACCCCACCGCAUUCGCAUGGCCCACAAUCUCAUCGUCCACUACUCUCUUCACCGGAAAAUGGAAAUCAACCGCCCCUUCCCGGCCAAGCGAGACGACAUCCGCCGCUUCCAUUCUCAGGAAUACGUCGACUUCCUCUCCAGUGUUACGCCGGUCACUGUUCACGACCAUACCCACUCGCGUCAUCUCAAGAGGUUCAAUGUCGGCGAGGACUGCCCUGUUUUCGACGGGCUUUUUGAGUUUUGUCAGGCAUCCGCCGGCGGAUCGAUUGGCGCCGCCGUUAAACUCAACCGGCAAGAUGCUGAUAUAGCCAUCAAUUGGGCUGGUGGACUUCAUCAUGCUAAGAAAAGUGAGGCUUCUGGUUUUUGUUAUGUCAAUGACAUUGUUCUUGGCAUCCUCGAGCUCCUCAAAGUCCACAGGCGUGUAUUAUAUAUAGAUAUUGACAUCCACCACGGAGAUGGUGUUGAGGAGGCAUUUUUCACCACUGACAGAGUAAUGACUGUGUCUUUCCAUAAAUUUGGGGACUUUUUCCCUGGUACGGGGCACAUUAAAGAUCUUGGGGUGGGUCAGGGGAAGUACUAUGCCCUUAAUGUCCCAUUAAAUGAUGGAAUGGAUGAUGGGAGUUUCCGUGAUUUAUUCCGUCCUGUCAUCCAAAAGGUUAUGGAGGUCUAUCAGCCCGAUGCAGUUGUUCUUCAAUGUGGAGCAGAUUCCCUGGCUGGCGACAGGUUGGGUUGCUUCAACUUAUCUGUUAAAGGUCAUGCAGACUGCCUACGUUUCCUUAGAUCUUUCAAUGUCCCUUUAAUGGUUCUAGGUGGGGGAGGUUAUACAAUUCGCAAUGUUGCACGCUGCUGGUGCUAUGAGACAGCAGUUGCAGUUGGCAUAGAACCUGAUAAUAACUUACCUUACAAUGAGUAUUACGAGUACUUUGGCCCAGAUUACACUCUUCAUGUGGAACCAAGCCUCAUGGAGAACAAAAAUUCAGCCCGGGAUUUGGAAAGAAUCAGGAAUAUGUUACUUGAGCAGCUUACAAAAUUGACUCAUGCACCAAGUGUACAAUUCCAAACAACACCUCCCAUUACAGAAGCUCCGGAAGUGGCUGAGCAAAGCAUGGAUCAAAGGCCACAACCUCGGAUCUGGAAUGGUGAAAAUUAUGAAUCUGAUAGUGAUGAAGAUGAAAAGCCUCGACACCGUAGCAUAAAUAGCAAUGUUACACCAAUGACAGAUGCUGACAUGAGGGAUAUAUCUGAUUAAGUCAAAGAAAGAGGAUACGGAACGUACAGUUGCCUGUUCCAAAUGAUUUCAGGCCGUGCAUACAAUAGUUUUCUGCAGUGCUGUUUGCUGCUGGUUGAAUGCAGUAUGGGAGGAGUAGCUGAAGAUGUAAACAUUUGUUCUAUAUCUGUUAUUUAUCCUUCAUUCGCUCUUUGUUGGACAUUCUUAUCUAACCAGUCGUGUAGGUCAGACACAUUGAGAACAUACAGAUGCAGCUCUGCCGGUUUAGGACCAAUUUUGUGUUGUUAAAUUGUGGAUUACUUUGUCUAGGUUACAUUACAGGAUGCCAACGGCACAUAUAUAUAUAGACCUCCCAUUGCGGCAACAGUUGUACAAGGUGUUACAAACUUCUGCGGUUUGUGAACUAUGUUGUUUUUAGGACAGGACUAGCCCCCAAAAUCUUGUACCCCACCAACCACCACCCCCAAAAAUUCUCCUCUCUCACAGACACACACAGGUACACGCUGCUUUGGGUUGGAUAUGCUCUAUGCAAAGCGAUGGUUCAGUUCAAAUUUGUUUGCCCCUUUAGCUCUUCCUUCCUCCUGUGAAAGUUUGGAGGAAAAGGGGACUCUUAAUGAUGUUUGUUUAGACUU